AAGAACUGUUAUCCUAAUAUCAUAUUGCGUCUUUUGUUACAAAUGUGCCGUUACGUAUUUUAUUUCCGGGUUCGUUAAUUUCUGCAAUUUUGGUACGGGGUUUCCGCAACUUUCUGUGCUAUUCAGUAUAUAGUUAUUUCUAUUUCAACAAAAAAAUACCGUAUGUGAAACAAACGAAGACACCGCGUUUAAAACACCGACGUUACUAUACUAUACCAGUCUAUUUUGUAAUAUAUUAAUGUAAUGGCGAGCGGAUUGCGGAUUUCGCUAAAAAUGUGACAACAGAGCAGAGGCGCUCUUUUGGAAGAAAAAAAAAACAGCAAAGUGCACGUUCCUGUAAAAUGAAUCGGAUUCUGAAUUAACAGGAUUCGUCGGUUAACAGCGCGAGCUUUAAGACUAACAAAAAGCUCGAGCUUAAAAUGAAGCCGUCACUCGUGAGCUCGCCGGUCCGACAGCUUGGCAGCACGUGAGGCGCCGCGAUGCUGUCAGCUAGCUGGAGGCCAGCGCCGGGUGCCUGUUUGUCCGGCUCCUCCUUCCCUGUCAUCCACGCCAAAGGCUGGUGCGCACAGCGGUCGGCAAACAUGGCCGCUUCUGUCUCACCACUAUGCUCCUCCUUCAAGCUAUCAAGCGGCGUUCUCCAGCCUAGCUGUCAUGCCAAAUUUAGGAUUUUCAGGAAGUCCAGUGGGCUGCAGAGAUGCUUCCAUCAAUCGGCGUUCAGCCAUACUGCUAUGGUGAUCUCAGGAAAAGAGCUGGCAAGGCAGAUUCACAAGGAAGUCCAGUGUGAAAUGGAAGAGUGGGUUUCCCUUGGCAAUAAGCGGCCUCAUCUCAGCGUCAUUGUGGUGGGGGAUGACCCAGCCAGUCACACCUAUGUCAGGAACAAGACAAGAGCUGCAGCAGCACUCGGGAUCUCCAGUGAGACUUUGUUGAGGCCCAGUUCUGUGUCACAAGAGGAGCUUCUGGAAAUGAUUUAUAGACUGAACAGAGACUGGAGGGUCAGUGGCCUGCUGGUUCAGCUUCCUCUUCCUGGUAACUACUUGGCUGGGACUUUGACGGUCUCAGUCCUUCUGCUGCCCUCUUCGUCCCGCACAGAGCACAUAAAUGAGCGAGCAGUCUGUAACGCCAUCGCCCCAGAGAAGGACGUGGACGGCUUCCACAUCGUCAACAUCGGAAAGCUCUGCCUUGACCAGAAGUCGAUGGUGCCAGCCACGCCUGCAGCAGUGUGGGAGAUCAUCAAGAGGACGGAGAUUCAGACCAUUGGGAGGAAUGUGGUGGUGGCUGGCCGGUCCAAGAAUGUGGGGAUGCCCAUCGCUAUGCUUCUGCAUACGGACGGACGACACGAGCGUCCCGGAGGUGAUGCCACUGUCACCAUCGCUCACAGGUGCACCCCCAGGGAGAAGCUGAAAGAGCUCACCCGGCUCGCAGACAUCGUAAUUGCUGCUGCAGGAAUUCCUCGUCUGAUAACAGCUGAUAUGGUGAAGGAAGGUGCCGCGGUGAUCGAUGUUGGUGUAAAUCGCAUCCAGGAUUCGGAAACUGGAAAAAUCAGGCUGGUUGGGGAUGUCGACUUUGAAGAGGUGAAGAAGAGAGCAGGGUUUAUCACACCAGUGCCUGGAGGGGUUGGCCCUAUCACCGUGGCAAUGUUAAUGAAGAACACGGUCACUGCAGCAAGAAACACAAUCACAGACUGACGCACAGGCUGACCCGAGGCCUACUUAACCACAGCGCAUGUGUGACUGGAGGCCGCGUGCAAUGACAGUGAUUUGUUUCAUUAAGUACUGUUACCACAGGCUUUGUAUUUUAAAUGAGGAGGGUGCCCACAGUAACUACAAAGUGCUUACAAUCUGAGAUGAUUCCUGUGUGUGAAUACUGACUUUCUGGAGCACAAAAUAUUAUUUAUUCAGCACUGUGCAAAAAUCUUAGUCAGUCAAACAAAAUAUUUAAAGCAGUUUAUUUUGGCAGUAUAUAUAUAUAUAUA